AUGGCCACGAAAAAGGCUGGUGAGGCUGGUGCAAACAUCCAUCUUGAUGAUGAUGAUACGAAAACACAUUCACCUCACAUAACUCCUGCGCUAUCUCGCUGUUCUUCUUCCUCUUCGAAUACAUCUUAUAACAUGGCCCACGCUCCGAUUAGUGUGAUUCAGGAAGCUGGUUCGGAUCUGUUCGAAGAACGAAGUCAUGUACAAUAUUUGAAACCAUUUGAGGAAGAGAUUCUCAAAAUGGCCUUUCCAUUGGCACUAACCCCUGCAGUAUCACCUAUAUCUCCUCCUUAUAGCGAUGAGGACUCAUCAAUUAUAAAGGAUAAACUAGAGUUUGUUGAGAAGAAGCAUAAACCAUUCAUUACUACACCCCCUGAGAUUGUCAUGGGAAUCUUCAAGUAUCUUAAUCCCAUUGAUGCAGUCUGCUUCAGUCUCUUGAAUAAAUAUAUUCGCAACGUCUAUCUGUCACAUGGUCGUCAUCAAAUUCUUGAUUUCAACCCACCUCUUGCGAUGGGUCGACCGGAGAGUACAUUUCCCGUCAUACCUGGGCCCCAACGUUCAUGUCGUCACUGUUGUCCUGUCGCUUUCUUCCCAGCACAUUGCGAAUUGCAUUUUCAUCUCGCGAGUUUCAUGCCAUCACAUCUUACCUUUUGCGCUGGACAAUGUCAAAUGUUCACGGAGCGUGAGGAAUCGGAUCCGAAUUAUUGUGGAAGCUGUGGGAGAAAUUACAGGAAACAGUUUGAGAGAGGCAGGAGAAUGAUCGAUGUGAAGAGAGAAGAUGGUCAUACUUUUAAAUGGUAUGAGCAGCCAAGAUUCGAUAGGGAGAGUCGAGCGAGACAGGAACGUCGAACAGCAAGAAGAGCGCAACAAGUACCUUCCUCCAACUCCUUGUAG